ACACGGUACAUAGCAGUUCAUACCUUAGGGUGAAUACUGGUAAUCAUCCAGCAGCGCUACCACACUAAUAAGAUAUGAAGGCUAUCAUUGUUCUAUUUGCAUUUUGCGCCCUUGCGGUCGCAACGCCAAUCUAUCCGACAUAUCACGUCGGUAUACCACUUGGACCGGAUGGAAAGGUCCUGGACACGCCGGAGGUAGCGCAGGCGAAAGCGGCGCAUCUCGCUACUCAGGCCUACGAAGCCGCCAGGAAUACGCUCGGCUACGGCUACGCGCCCGCUCUUUAUGCACCUGCGGUUUAUGCACCUGCAAUUACGUAUGGCGCACCCGUUGGCACGGAUGGCCGAGUGGUAGACACACCUGAGGUCGCCCAGGCCAAGGCUGCCCAUCUCGCCGCUCACGCCCAAGAGGCUGCCAAGACAAUCGGAUUGGUUCCAUAUGGUGCUCUUGCAUACGCCACUUCGCCUGCAUUCUACGCUUACAGUUAUGCUCCACUUGGACCUGACGGCAGAGUGAUCGACACCCCCGAGGUAGCCCAGGCUAAAGCUGCGCACUUGGCAGCGCACGCUCAGGCGGCCGCCCGAAACGCUCAUUGACAAAUUGGAAAACUAUCGGAAAUCGCGUAUCGAUAAAAUCAAGCUAUGGCUUUCUAAUUGCAGAAAAACGUAUGGAGUCACAUGUGCCAUGUAUGGAUCUGAUGUAAAGAAUUUUUUAUAAUAAAUGAACCAUUUUUAAGUUUCUCUGAAAAA